UAUAUUACAUUAACUUAUUAUCGUUUUAGUUGGAGAUAAGCCAGUUUUCCAGUGUGCACUAUGUCCAACCACAUGUGGACGCAAAACAGAUUUGAGAAUACAUGUUCAAAAAUUACAUACGUCGGACAAACCGCUCAAAUGCAAACGGUGCGGUAAAUCAUUUCCUGACAGGUAUAGCUAUAAGUUGCAUAGUAAAUCACACGAAGGUGAAAAAUGCUACAAAUGCGACCUGUGCCCAUACGCGUCGAUUUCGGCUCGUCACUUGGAGUCUCACAUCCUCAUCCACACAGACCAGAAACCCUACCAAUGUGACGCUUGUGAUCAAUCCUUCAGACAGAAGCAGUUGUUACGGCGCCAUCAGAACCUCUACCACAAUCCGGAAUAUGUUCCUCCAGCGCCUAGAGAGAAGACGCAUGAAUGUCCUGAGUGCAGUAGGGCGUUCAGACAUAAAGGCAACCUAAUCAGGCACAUGGCUCUACACGACCCCGACCCAGACAUCCAUCGCAAGCAGAUGGAGCUGAAACUGGGCAGGCAGAAGAAAAUUCAAAUGAUAGACGGUCAACAGGUAGAAGUCGUACCGGGAGGGGGACCGAUGUGCGCAAUGAACAGCGAAGGCGAAGAGGAAGAAGAGGAGGAUGAGAUCGACAUGAUGGCCGUGGAAGGGGCCGACGGGCAGCAGUACGUCGUGCUGGAGGUGAUACAGCUGGCGGAUGGCGAGGAAAGGACUAUGGUUGUCAGCGGCGGCGGGGCAGACGGUACCACCGCUGCUGCCGAGUUGCUUGGAGAAGGCGUAUUGGAUGAGACCGAUUUGAAUGAUGAAGACGUCCUGAAAGCAUUGGAAACAGCAAGAGUGGUAACAACGAAACAAGAAAUGGGAGAUGAAGAAAUGGCAGAAGAGAAAGUGUCUAAUGAUAUGAAGAACUGUUUUGGAUUUGAUGAGGAAGAGGAAGACGAUGACGAGAAUUUACACACCAAUAAAGAUUCCAUGACACUUCUACAUAACAUUGGCUGAAGUAUUUUGAUGAAUUUCUAGUUAUUGCAAUUGUAUUUUUUUUCAGUUAUAUUUGUGUAUAUAACUUUAUAGAUUUUGUAAAUCAUUAUUAAUCUUAAUAUUUAUUUAUAUUCCAAAACAUCACUUGGAAAUGUGCAUCCUUUAAUUCUUUUUUGUAAUUUAUGAUAAAGGCAUGGUUAAAAUAUUAGGGAAUUCAAGUUUUAAUCCUUGUUUAUUAAGAAAUUCUGACAUCUGGAAAAUACAUGUGAUAUUUUCAAAACACCUGUAAAAUAUCUUAAUUGUUGAAUUAUAUGAGUAUAUAUGUAAAACA